ACUGCUUUGUUAGGCAAAUUUGCAUCUCUAAAGAAUGCGCUGAUAAAGUGAGGAGAGGAGAACUUUCUGCCAAUUGUGGAAACAACAAAAUGGCUCAAGGAAACAAGAACAAGGGGCUGUGGAACAUAAUGUCCUUCAUGGUGGAAAGUCUGGGAAGAAAAAAUCAAGGUGGCAGGGGCUCCUCCAGUACAUAUAAGACACCCAGUAACAUCAGAGGUGGUUCGUUUUUGGAUGAAGUAAUGAGAUCUCUGCCAAUUAGAUUUGAACCUAAACAACCCGAGAAGGUAGAAGCCACAAUGUUUGCUGAGUUGGACAAAGAUCGUUAUGGUUCGUCAGCUCCUUGCAGCAAGAGAGAUGAUGCUGAUGACAACAUGGAUUUUGAGGAAUUGGUACAGGACUUUUUGGGCGGCCGAGGUUCACAAAUGGCCAAUGGCAGUCAUUUUGGACCUCAUGGCAAUGGUAGCCAUCUUGGACCCCAUGGUAAUGGCAGCCAUUUUGGACUACAUGGCAUGAGAGAUGACAAUAGGUACGGCUAUGGACGUGGUGAUUAUGGCAUGAGGGAGGAAGUGUGUGAAAUAAGGGAAACCUCACAGACAUCUGAGUGCUGUGAUGACGAGGUCCUUUGUGUGGCAAGUGGGCGUUGUAUACCAAAGCAAUGCAAUGCAGGACCUACCCCAACAGACCCUCCUGAUGAAUUCCGUGAAGGUGUGUGCCCAAACCCAGAUGGCAAUGCAGAUAUGGGUGUGUCCGAUUUGAUCUACACCAUGAAGAACUAUUUUGACAACAAUCCAUCCACCCAGGAAUUUACUCGACUGCUUGAAACAAUGUCCGACUCUGAUUUUCAGCGUUACCAAUUCCUGGUGUCUCUCACCAGCCACAAGGAUAUUCCAGACAAGAGUGUUUUCAUAAACAUGUUGACAACAGGGCGGAUGACAGUGCAGGAAAUUACGCAAGAUGUUGAAAGACUGGUGAUAGCGGCAGAGUUUAAUGCUCAGCAAGAUCCUGUGACAGCUGAGUUGAUGUAUGGUUUGUUAAACUUCAUGUCAACGAGGCCAUCGGAUCAGAUGUUUCUGGAUGUUCUGGACGGCAUGGAUGAUGCCAUGUGGGAAAAGUACAGAUCUGUGUACUUUGUUGUUGGAAUUCAGCUCCCAGAUAAAGCCACCUACAGUAACAUGAUUCGCCGUGGUGAUGUAAGGAUGCAAGAUAUUAAGUCUUCACUGAGCACUCUUGUGAAUUAUGCAGUAAGUUCAGCAGGAGGCUUCAGUGGUACCAGUGGUUUCUCUGGAAACAGUGGUUUCCCUGGUGACAGUGGUUUCCCUGGUGACAGUGGUUUCACUGACGCUUUUAGGAAGGCUUUCAAACACUGGAGUGACGUGACUCCACUUACAUUCAGAGAGCUGCAGAUUGGAGCACCGGGCAGAUCCGACAUCCGUAUCCGGUUUAUGAGCUCUGGGAGGUCCUUUGGAAGAAGGGGAGGUGUUCUAGCAUAUGCAUUCUUCCCAGAGAAUGGCAACACUCGUUUUGAUGAAGGCGAGCGCUGGACGGCCAAUAACAACCCGAGAGGCGGGAUCGAUUUGGAGAUUGUGGCCACUCACGAGAUAGGCCAUCUCCUCGGCCUGCCGCAUUCCCAAGUACGUGGAGCUGUCCUUGCACCCUUCUACGGGGGUUACGAACGCAACUUUGCGCUGCGCAGGGACGACAUUCAGAGAAUCCAACGCAUAUAUGGGCGUAAUACUCGGCCACCUACUCCUCAACCUACUGUGAGGCCCACCCCACGGCCCACUCCACGGCCCACCAGAGGACCAACCACAGGAAACGGCAACAGAUCACAGUGCUCCAAUAAUUUCAGGAUCGACGGCAUAAUGGAAGUAUCAAAUUCAAACUACUACGUAUUUAGUGGGAGUCAGGUGUACCGUUUAACAGCACAGGGAACAGUGGCACGCGGCUACCCGAGGGCGAUCACUGCCGACUUCCCGAGCGCACCAAGUAAUAUUGAUGCUGCCACCCAUUCCGAUAGAACUGGCUUCAGUUAUUUGUUCAAAGGUAAAGAGCUGUUCAAGUACAGAGGCAACACACUUAUUUCUAGGACAACAAUCAGUGAUCCGAGGUUCCCCUCAAGCAUACAGGGAGCCUUGACUUGGAGAAACGGGAAUUUGUUCAUUUUUAAUGUAAGUACGAUUGGCGUAUGUCAUUAUUCAAGCAUAAUAAAAACACCAGAUAACCAAUGAAAUUCUUGGCGAGAAUUAGAAAUAACAUUUUCCUUCAUCUGUGACUUAAAAUGCAUCUGAAAAAGUAUGCGUCCGAUAACCGCUUCAAAGAGGGUAAUACAAAAUACGCAUGCAUGAUGAAAACGUUUAUUUAUUCAGCGGCGAUUUCUGGGGAUAUAUGAUUAAAACUGAUUCAUUAAAAAUAUGUUCCUUUAUACAGUGCAUUAGCUUGAAUAAAAUCUUUCGUGGCCAAAAUAGGACUAUGGCUUGGUUCCGAUCAUCAUCAGUUCGAAGUCGAUUUGAACAAGCCGUGGCAGCACAUGUACCUCAGGUUGCAUUCCAUGUACGAUUUUGAUAUUUGUCAAUAACAGCAGGCAUUUCGCUCCAAAAUUCAUUUUAUAUACUUGAGGUAUUGAAGUAUUCCAACAAAGCGCACUUUCCUAGCUGUGUCGUAUGAAAU